UGUUCCCGGGGAGACAAUAACCCGACGGACCAGUUGCACGAACCAAAACAUGCUAACCAGUGCGACUGGGAGACACUUCAAAGAAGUGGAGGAGAGGAGCUGACACACCCUUUACGAUUGAACUCUACAAAGAGGCCGUUGGCAAGUCUUACCAAAGAAUUACACUAUUUGUCUGCACACUUGAGGACUUUUUGUCAGAAUAUGUUAGUGCUUCAGAAGAUGAGGAGGAUGAUGAAGUUAUCGUUAGGGUACCACCCGUUACGUCACCCCUCUCUGACACAGUGCUUUGGUCAAGUCCAGAAAGCAGUACACCAGAGCCUAUACGUCGGUCACCUUCAAUAUCCCAAACAUCUGAUGUGCAAUGAUGAACCUGAUGGAUUGACGGCUGCAGAUGUCAUCUCAAAUCUGGCUCUGAAGAUCAACAAAACCUCCUGUAGCAGAUUCAACAUUAACCGAGCCAAUGUCUGGGAUGGUGCCUACCGAGGCUUCAGAAGGUCUUCAUAUAGUCCCAACUCUGGCAUGAUGGUGAAAUUCUCUGAUGACGUGGGGCUGGCUGAAGAGGCAAUCGACACAGGUGGGCCUACUCCAGAAUUUCUCACCCUUUUUUUGGAAGCCAUAAGGACGAGAAGAAUAUUCGAAGGAAAAGACUAUGCCAAAUAUCUCACAUUUCAUAGUAAAGCUGCAGAUGAAAAUGAAUAUUUCUACAUUGGAAGAAUGAUUGCAGUUUCCAUUGUCCAUGGUGGUCCAGGGCCAUGUUGUUUAUCUCCAAACUUCUUUAUGUACCUUGUUGGAAAAGAUAAGACAUUCGAGGCACCAAUUGAUGAUAUACCAGAUGAAGAAAUCAAGAAGCCUCUACUAGAGAUAAAGAAUGCAACAUCUCUAAGUGAGCUCCGAGUAAUCUCAGAAAAACACUCAAGCAUGCUCCAGACAGCAGGAUGCUAUCGAUUCAUGAGGACACUGGAGGAUAAGAAGAAGGUAGUAGCGGAUUACAUUCAGUGGUACUUCAUCCACCGAAAUCAUCUUUCCAUCCAAAGUUUCAGAGAGGGUCUAGCAACACUGGAUUUUCUAAACGCCCUGGAACAGCAUCCUUCACUCUUCUUCUCAUUCAUGUGCUACACUGAGACUAGGCUGACAGCUGAUCUUCUGGAGAACAUCUUUCAUGUGCAAUUUGGUCCACCUGGCAGCUCUAGGCGUCAAGAGGAGACAAGAGUACUAAGCUACUGGCAAGACUAUCUGCUUUCUGUAGAAGAGAGAAAUGGAAGUCUGUAUCUUGAAGACAUCCUUAUGUUUGCAACUGGACUGAGGGAAAUUCCUCCUGCAGCAAUUCAGCCAAAGCCACAGCUUCUUUUCCAGACCACUUCACGCUUCCCUGCAGCAGAUGUCUGUGCAAAUACUAUCAAAAUCCCAGUGUUACACAGUUAUAAGGACUUCCAAGAAGCCAUGGAUUAUGGCAUCCAUUACAUUUUUUGUAAGAUAUGCAAGUUGUUCUUUGAGUUAAAAAAAAAGAAAGAAAACCCCACAUAAAUACAGGUAUUGCAGAAUGCUUUUGUAAACCUUUGUUUGUAAAGAAAGAUCUCCAAAUCAACGUGUUUGUUACAGUACCUAA